UGCGCCAUUGCACUUCCUUUUCUGAUGGCGCCAAAUUCGGUGAUUUUUUUUCUUGUUGGAUGGGAACUUUGAAAAAUGUCUUUGAUAUUGCAAAGUAGUUUGUAGAGUCGUAAGAAAAUGAGUCAGUUUCACAAGGGGCAUACCCACUUCGAUGGUUUAAUUGUAAACUUGACUGGUGAUACGUCGCUACACAUAAAACGAUAUCUCGGAAGAGGUUCAAUAGGUGGUGUGUUUCAAGCUUCUCUGAAGUCUCGCAGUAGCAAACAAGAACGACUGGUUGCAGCCAAGUUCGUUCACCUUCCAAAUUAUUCAGGGCUGCAAACUGCAGCAGAAGACUUGCAACAAAGUUUUCUUGGAUUUUCAGCUUUGCAUAGGUCCUUAUUGGAUUGCAAAGUAUUUGCUGAUGAGCAACUGAAGGGCAUUUGGAUAAUUUCAGAUUAUUGUUAUCCUGGAAAUACUCUUUUAUUAUCCAAAGAGUUGGGUGGCUUUUCAGAGUCUUUAAUUGCCUGCUUCGUGAAAGAAGUACUUUUAGUUCUUGUUCAAUUGGAAGAACGACCUAGUUGGCAAGGACUACAGUGUAUCAAAGGAUCCAACAUUUUAUUGGAUUGUAGUGGGCAAGUGAGGAUUGUUGAUUACCACCAGCUAUCAGUUAUAUUGCCCCUGCUUGAUGACCAGUUCAAUGUGAAGCCUUCUGUUGUCUAUUGGAACGGUCCUGAAACCAAAUUUUGUGAUAAGUUUCUAAACUUCUCGAUAUCUUCUUCUGGUGAUAUUUGGGCAUUGGGGAUAUGGAUAAUAGAGUUGGCCCAAGGAUUUACUCCUCUGCAAUCACAUGGUCCCUUUAAAGUAGCAAGUUGUUUGGAUGCUGGGGAAAGGCCACAGCUGGAAUGUCCAUCACUAUACUCUAUUUACUUUUUGGACUUUCUGCAUCAAUGUUUGCAAAUGAAUCCGCAACUCCGACCUACGGCAAGAGAACUAUUAUCACAUUCUUUUUUAUCCGCUGCCUCAAAGGAAGAUACAAGUCAUGUUCUACAACACAUUUCUUCUCAAGACAUUUCAAGUGAAGUGGAAGAUACAUACUUGACCAAGGAAUGGAUAGUUAUUUUGAGUGGAAAUAAGUUCCUUCCACUUCCGUAUCUUUCUGUUUUUGAUGUUCCGAUGGAACAAACCAAGUUGGUGGGACAAAAAGUCAAAGGAGAGCAGGUGGACGAAUAAGUGGACUCCCAAACAAUCAUUCAUUUU